AGAGAGGGCUGGGCAGGCACUGCGCUUGCAGCAGCAGCAGAGGAGGAGGCUGCGUGCAAAGGUGUCCCUCUGCUGAGCAAGCGUUGCACGUGUGAACCCCCUACCCGUGUCUUCUGCAUGGUCAUCCGCUUGGGUUAGAGGGGUGUUGCAUCACUCACUUAGAGAGCAGAAUGAUACAAGUCUUGGACCCAAGGCCUCUGUCCAGUUCCAUCAUGCCUGUAGAUAUGGCCAUGAGAAUAUGCUUGGCCCGUUCGCCACCUGUGAAGAGUUUUCUCAAGCCUCUUGACGACUAUCAAAGGAGAAACUUUGUGGGCCGAUUGAAACCUCUCAGACCCUGCCUCCAUGUGAAACGUGAAACAACUGAGUCCCCAGCCAGUGACUGGAAAUGCUCUGCUGGCCAAGCCAAGAAGAGAGUUGUCUUCGCAGACUCAAAAGGUCUCUCUCUGACUGCAAUUCACGUCUUUUCUGAAUGCCAGGAGAAUCCAUCGUGGGAUCUUCAGUUUGACUUGUUAGACCUUGAAGAUAUUACAGCCAGCCUGAAACUGCAUGAGGAGAAGAACCUGAUUCUGGGAUUCACUCAGCCUUCAGCUGACUACUUGGAUUUCAGGAAUCAUCUACAGAAGAAUUUUGUCUGCCUUGAGAACUGCACUCUUCAAGAAAGGGCCAUAUCAGGGACUGUGAAAGUGAAAAAUGUGAGUUUUGAGAAGAAGGUAAGCAUUCGGAUCACCUACAAUUCGUGGAAAACCCACUCUGACAUUGAUUGUGUCUACAUGAAUAAUGUGUACGGAGACUCAGACAAUGACACCUUCUCUUUUGCUAUUGACUUGCCUCCUGUCAUUCCCACUGAACAAAAGAUUGAAUUUUGUGUCUACUACCAAAGUGGCGAGCACAUCUUCUGGGACAAUAAUGAUGGGCAGAACUACAAGAUUAUCCAUGCAGAGUGGAAGUCGGAUGGAGUCCAAGCACCUGCGUCUCCUAGAAGGGACUCCCUAACUCUCAAACCUUCUAGAAAAGCCCACGAAACAGAUUGUGAACAGCUUGGCAGCCCCCGGAGAGCCAGUGGCUUCUUCCCUGAAUGGCAAAGCUGGGGUAGAAUUGAAAACUCCUUUCCAUAUUGGUGAAUGAAAAAAAUCACAGACAUUUGCUGUCAGUGGCUGAAAGUCACCAGUCCUUUUGCUUCUAAGUGUACAGUAUAAACAAACCACCUCAAAGGGUUUGUGGACUACUUUAACAAAAAUAAACAUAAUGCUGAAUUCAUACAUUGAAAACAAAGCAGCCACAACUUCAGAGACUUGAGAGAAUAUAAAUUCAAUAAGAAUAUCACCUAAUGUUUUUUAAAAAAUAGCAUGUGUGGUCAGUAUGUGCAGCUUUAUUUCUGCUGUUCACUUACCUAAACUAGGGGCCUGAAAGAGAGAGAGGAAGGAAAGGGGAAAGAGAGAGCUUUGAUGGGAAGGACAACUGUGUAUGGUGAUAUUUUGGGAAGUUGUGUAUGUGUAUGUGUAAUAUUGAACAGAUAGGCACAGAAAGCUGUGUGCCCAAUUUAAAAUAUAAUGGAGCCUUGGAAGAUGCUGAAUUGCCAAAUCUGAGGCCUGAAUUGAGGAUAAAUCAGUCCUGAUCAUAACACAAUUCACUGUUUAGGAUUCUGGUACAAAAGUAUAUUUUCCAGCAGGUACAAAUGUUAAAGAUGAGAGCGGAGAGACAGAAAGAAAGAAAGAAAGAAAG